GCAGCUCAUGUGUUGGUUCAUUCCAGUUGCUGUCUGAGCACAGGAAGAAGCUGUUGCUUUCGUGUAUGAAAGAAACCACUCUGCAAAAAUGGCUGCUAAAAUCCAAAGUUUGACUGAAGAGGAAAGAGCUCACCUUCUCCCACUGCUGCAGAGCGCCCAAUGGGUGGAGGUGGUGGGACGGGAUGCCAUCUACAAAGAGUUUCUUUUUAAAGAUUUUAACCAGGCCUUUGGCUUCAUGUCCAGAGUGGCACUUCAAGCAGAGAAGAUGGACCAUCAUCCCGAGUGGUUCAAUGUUUACAAUAAGGUGCAGAUCACACUGAGCACACACGACUGUGGAGGGCUCUCCCAGCGCGACAUCACUUUGGCCACCUUCAUUGACCAAGCCUCUCUGAUGUAACCACAAGCUGGAGAACAUACGACAUACGUUUAGUUUACUUUCAUCUCAACACUGUGUGCCUAAAGUACCCAGAGUAACCUUCUGUGGUACUUCCAAUUGUGUUGAAUAAUGCUGUGGCGUGUAAAGUGUCAAAUGUGCUUUUACAGGGGUCUGUCGGUGGUUUUGCACACAGUGAGGUAGCUUAUAGAAAUUCUCAUUGUCAAAUGUUCAUCUUUCAGGAAUUAGUUUCAUAUCUAUAUACAUGUGUGUGUGUGUGCGCGUGUGUGUGUGUGUGUAUAUAUACACACACACACACACACACACAAUUCCAGUCAUUUUCAAUUAAAUCUGGCGCACUGUGACAAACGGUCCAAAUUCCAAGAUUUUAGCUCACAAUAAUAGACGAUCCAGAUAAUAGGUGUAAGAGGAAAAGAGACAAUUUACCACCAAUGUUCCCUUACAAUUAAUUAAUUAGUAGUGGGGAAAACACCUAGAUAUAGUAUAUUUUGGCUACAAACACCAGUAUUGUUUACAACAAUCGUGUGUCUUAUUUACACUAAAAGUGUCCUGAUGCUUUUUU